AUGGAAUCGGCUUCUGGAGCCACUAAUCGAGGACUCCGAAUGAAUAUCACAGACGGAGUAGGGGCAAGAGUAGUGAGAGGUCCAGAUUGGAAAUGGGGAAAACAGGAUGGUGGGGAGGGGCAUGUUGGAACUGUCAGAAAUUUUGAGUCACCAGAAGAAGUGGUUGUGGUAUGGGAUAAUGGAACUGCUGCAAAUUAUAGAUGUGCAGGGGCUUAUGAUUUAAGGGCAUUAGACAGCGCACCAACAGGCAUUAAACAUGAUGGAACUAUGUGUGAUACUUGUAGACAGCAGCCUAUAUUUGGUAUUAGAUGGAAAUGUGCAGAAUGUCCUAAUUAUGAUUUAUGUUCAGUGUGUUAUCAUGGUGAUAAACAUAAUUUAAGACAUAGAUUUUAUAGAAUUACAGUGCCUGGAAAUGAACGGGUAUUAUUAGAGCCACGAAGGAAGACUAAGAAAACGACGGCACGUGGAAUUUAUCCAGGUGCCAGAGUGGUCCGUGGUGUAGACUGGCAGUGGGAAGAUCAAGAUGGAGGAAAUGGAAGGAGAGGCAAAGUAACAGAAAUACAGGAUUGGAGUGCUGCAAGUCCAAGAAGUGCUGCUUAUGUGUUAUGGGACAAUGGUGCUAAAAAUUUGUACAGAGUUGGUUUUGAAGGAAUGGCAGAUCUGAAGGUUGUAAAUGAUGCUAAAGGAGGAUCAUUUUAUAGAGAACAUCUGCCAUUACUAGGUGAACAGGGGUCAGGAUCUAGAUCAGGACCAUGUGGAUUAGCUAUAGGAGAUCAAGUUAAUGUGGAUUUAGAUUUAGAAAUAGUUCAAUCUUUACAACAUGGUCAUGGUGGCUGGACAGAUGGCAUGUUUGAGUGUUUAGGUACUACAGGGACUGUAGUUGGUAUAGAUGAAGAUCAUGAUAUUGUUGUCUCUUAUCCUAGUGGUAAUAGAUGGACCUUUAAUCCAGCAGUUUUAACCAAAGUCAAUACCCCAAGUAGUUCAACAUCUGUGACAUCAGAAACACCAACGGUGGUUCAGUUUGCCGUGGGUGAUUUAGUUCAGAUCUGUAAUGAUGUAGAAAGAAUUAAAGUUUUACAGAGAGGACAUGGAGAAUGGGCAGAGGCUAUGAUACCAACUGUAGGUAGAAUUGGCCGAGUACAACAGAUUUAUCAUGAUAAUGAUUUAAAAGUGGAAGUUUGUGGUACAUCAUGGACAUACAAUCCCUCUGCUGUGACUAAAGUUGCUUCAGCUGAUGGUGCUGCUAUUGAAUGUUCUUCUGGGGAAAGAUUAAGUGCUCUGUUAAAGAAAUUAUUUGAAACCCACGUAUCUGGUGAUGUUAAUGAAGAACUAGUGAAAGCAGCUGCUAAUGGUGAUGCUUCUAAAGUUGAUGAAAUAUUACAGAGACCAGAGGCAGAUGCUAAUGGUGUAUUUGCUGGUCAUACAGCUCUACAAGCUGCUAGUCAGAAUGGACAUAUAGAAGUUAUUAAAGUUUUAAUGAAAUAUAAAGUUGAUAUGGAAGUAGAGGAUAAAGAUGGUGAUAGGGCUGUACACCAUGCAGCGUUUGGUGAUGAGCCAGCUGUAAUAGAUUUACUACAUCGUGGUAAUGCUGAUCUAAAUGCUCGUAAUAAACGUAGACAAACACCAAUACAUAUUGGAGUUAAUAAAGGUCAUAUUGGUGUAGUUAGAAUGUUAUUAGAUCUGGGAUGUCAUCCGAGUUUACAAGUAAGUGUGUAUUAUUUUACAGCAGUUAGACAAGCUGUUUACUAG